AUGCGUUGGAAGUUAUUCAGCUUGCCUUGGGCGUAUCUGCCAAAAGAUAAGGCAGCUGUCGUGGCCGUGAUAGCUUCAGUCCGGGUUGUCGACUUUUACCAGAUAGCAAGCUUCCAGACCUGCAUGACCCUUCAUCUCCAGUACUUACAGCCAGGGCUUUCAACAACAGAACUGGCGCGUCAUGUCGGCGUGGCUCAGGGCAUGUUCACGGCGGCACAAGUUGUCUCGGCACCAGCAUGGGGCGUUGCCGUCGACAAAAUCGGCCGGAAGGCGGUCAUUCUCAUUGGCCUCAUCGCCACAGCCAUCUCUUGCGUGGGAGUGGCUUUCGCAGGGUCAAUUGGAACCAUAGUCUUUUGGCGCUUUCUAGCCGGUGCCACCAACGGCACCGUCAUCGCCGCUCGCACAGCCAUUAAUUGCGGCUACUUCUAUCGGUUCUUCUGCCAGAUGGCUCUCCUUUCCCACUUUUUCAGAGCCAGACAGUGCCACAGCGACAAAACGGAAAGCAAGUAA